CGCACCGCCAGAGCCGCCCGGGGAAGCGGAGGAGAAGGAGUGUCUCCCCAGAGCCCCCCGCCAAGCCCCAGCCGCGACGGCGCGGCGUCCCCGGCCCGGCCCGGCGAUGCUGAGGGAGAAGAAGGAGGAGGAGGAGGAGGAAGGGCGGCCGCUCGCGGAAUAGAGGCGCGGCGGGAGCGGGGCCGGGCACCUGCCCCGCCGGGCUGCCGCAGGGCACCGCGGGGCGCCCCGACUCGCCCCGCCGGCGGCCCCCCGCGCCCGUAGGAGGGAGCGCCGCCCUCCCCGGCCGCCGCCGCCGUCCGGCCGCCCCGCGGAGGAGCGCGGGCGGGCGAAGAGGCAGCCCUGCCGCUCCCCGCGGCCAUGCGCUGAGCGCCGCCGCGCCCGUCCAUGGGGCGGCGCUGAGGGGCGGCGCGGCGGGAGGGCGCCGGGGGCAGGAUGAAGUCCCUGCUCUUCAGCCGCUUCCUCCUGCUGCUGCCCUGGGUGCUCAUCGUAAUCAUCGUGCUGGACAUCGACAGCAGCCGGGCGCCGCUGCCCGCCCUGGCUCCCCGCGGCGGCGGGGGCAGUAGUGGGGGAGCCAGGCCGGCGGCGGCGCGGGCGCCCCCCCAGCGGCGGCCCGAGGCGGCGCUGCCCACCAUCUAUGCCAUCACGCCCACGUACAGCCGCCCGGUGCAGAAGGCCGAGCUCACCCGCCUGGCCAACACCUUCCGGCAGGUGGCGCGGCUCCACUGGAUCCUGGUGGAGGACGCGGCGGCGCGCAGCGAGCUGGUGAGCCGCUUCGUGGCGGGCGCCGGCCUGCCCUGCACGCACCUCCACGUCCCCACGCCGCGCCGCUACAAGCGGCCGGGGCUGCCCCGCGCCACCGAGCAGCGCAACGCCGGCUUGGCCUGGCUGCGGCAGCGGCACCAGCACCUGCCGCCCCCCCAGCCCGGGGUGCUCUUCUUCGCCGACGACGACAACACCUACAGUCUGGAGCUCUUCCAGGAGAUGCGUACAACCCGCAAAGUAUCGGUAUGGCCCGUGGGACUGGUAGGAGGACGACGAUAUGAGCGCCCGGUUGUGGAAAAUGGCAAAGUUGUCGGCUGGUACACUGGCUGGAGAGCUGACAGGCCCUUUGCUAUUGACAUGGCAGGAUUUGCUGUGAGCCUUCAAGUGAUUCUGUCGCAUCCGAAAGCCGUAUUCAAGCGUCGUGGUUCUCAACCGGGAAUGCAAGAAUCUGAUUUUCUGAAACAGAUAACAACAGUGGAGGAACUGGAACCAAAAGCAAACAACUGCACAAAGGUUCUUGUAUGGCACACACGAACAGAAAAAGUAAAUCUAGCUAAUGAGCCAAAAUACCACCUGGACACAGUCAAUAUUGAGGUAUGACUUGGAGACACAGUUACACAGGAAGUACAGGACAGCGGACGUGUCAGAAGGUGUUCGAAUUCGGCCAGUUAAAAUAGUCUACUUCUGCGUGAGACCUUUAAAUAGUCAUCUGAUGGACUUCUGUGGAAAAGAAAGGAAGUUGUCAGAUACUCUUAACAAGCAAAUCAUGUGGGUGUGCUUUGUUCUAACUUGUUUGCAUGCUUUUCUGAACUCUCGUCUUAAUAAACUGACACGGCUGUUUCCACAUAGUAAAAACAAUCAAAGAGAAAUGUGGCUGCAAUGGAGUAUUUUCAGAAUCAUCAUUUAUGUAUAUACUUUUUGUAUUUAUCCAGCUUAAUGGUGUAAUUAUAAACUGAUUUUAAAUCACAAACUGUUGAUCUAAAUAUUUGCAUAAAUGGAUCCUCCAAAUUGAACAUGUUUUCCUUCAUUAAAAGUAGACUUUUUGAAGAAAUAGCAGUCAAAUAGGUCAUACAAUAAUGAAAUAAAAACCCACAAUCAUUUAUGGAUUUAUCCUUUUAAUAUAGGGAAAUAACAUUUUAUCAUUACGAGGCACCAUAAAAUGUAAACACAAUCACUGUCAUAAACCUGGAUAUCCCUGCAAGGAAAAAAAUCUCUCUGUUCACACCAAGUUACUUAGUAUACGUAUUGUGCCGCUAGUUCCCAGCAGUAAUACUGUGUACGUGCCUCGUGAGCCAGGUUGGGUACUUCAUCACAGGAAACUCAAAUGGAAACGCUCAUUUUUAAAAGAAUAAACUAUUGAUUUGUAGAACUACAGUAACAUCCAGGUUUAUCUUUCUUUCAAUAACCAUAUUCCCUGUUACACACACCAUAAUAACAUCACAGUGAAAUGUAUGAUGAAACAAAAUUUGUUUGAUACACUAGAAAACAUUGCUCAGUGAUACAUUUACAUUCUAUUUAUAUAUGAUUAAACAUUUGUUCAUACAGUACCUUCUACAGGAUUACUGGGUAAUUUGGGGAGGUCAGGGUUCAUAUUUUUGGAUAUUACUAACAUGAUAGCUACAUCCCUUAUAUGCAAACAUUUGAUCUAGAAUUUUGAGGGAAAAAAAAUCAGUACGUGGUUAAGCAGCUUCUUAAAUAUACGGUCUAUGAAAUCAUAUGCAUUGUAUGAAAACGCUGCCAAUGAUGUAUAAAUGUAUUCUUGAUCUGCUUUUCACUACAUCAAAUUUAAAUCAAUAUAGACCACAACACGGUCAGUCAGUUAUAUUCUUAAUCUGAACAGCUGGGGAAAAAGAAAAUGAGUAUGUACAUGGAAGGAACAGCGAAAGUAAACGCAUUGGAACAAGGAAUGUGUUAGGUGGCUGUUCUGGGUGAGGCUUCCAUCCCAACUUUCAUUUCCACAGUUGUGUGCUCAGAGUCUGACCAGAGGAGCUUCCAGUCCAUCCUGCUGCUGUGCUGGGGGGCUGGCCAAAGCCCAUCACAUUGCUGGAACUGCUGAGAUUCAUUCCAGCCAUUUGCUGAUUCAUCUGUGAAGCAUACGCACAAGCCUCAUUAGCACCGAUGCUGAAACACAACACGCGACUAGCCAAAAAGCAGUCGUGCUUCCUAAAUCAGCAGCCCCGUGAAAGUACAUUUCCCUAAAAUUACUAUUUCUCAUUAAAUAAAAAUAGUGACUCAAUCUAAGUUUUAAGCAUUUUGCAAGAUAGCAGCUUUUCUGGAACCAGUUUCUGUUCAAGCUAUCACCGUUUUAUGCAUCAGCCUACCCCCCAGUUAUAUAUGGAGCAUGAUGUCAUAUGGUAUGGAAUAUCCCUUUGGCCAGUUUGGGUCAGCUGCACUGGCCGUGUCCCCUCCCAGCUUCCUGGGCGCCCACCCUCCUCAUUGGCAGGGCAGUGUGAGAAGCUAAGAAGUCCUUGACUGCUUGGCAACAACUAAAACAUCAGUGUGUUAUCAACAUUAUUCGCAUCCUAAAUACAAAACAGAGCACUACGCCAACUGCUAGGAAGAAAAUUAUCCCUGCCGAACUUAGGACAUAUAAAAAUCUAACCAUUCUUGCUAAAGAAUCUACUCAAGAUACCCUCAUUUCUUAAAAACAACUGAAAUCAUUCACAUGAAAUUAAAGAUAACACCUAAUUAAAGGUAGGAAAGAGUUUCAAAUUCAGCACAUUCACUUCAGGGAUGGCGCAAAAAUAUUUCUACUCCCUACAAAUAGCAUCUAGUCACACUAAUUUUCAGUGCUCAAUGUAAAAAUGUUCUUCAGGUUACUCUCCUUUGCCUUGUAUCCGCAGAAACAACCCUGUACUGAACAUGGAAAUUUAAAAUAAGGUGAUGGAAACAUGCUUUGCCUCGUUGUUAAUCUCUUCUGGAGUAGAAUUCAGAAGAAGUAGACUAGAUAUAUAUAAAAAGCAUGCUGUUCUGGUAAGUAAAGCAAGCUCUCCCACUUUCAACUGGAGGCAGAGAUUAGAUCACAGUUCCCCUACAAACUGUGGGCUGUGAGCAGACCGAGUACACCUGAUGCACAAGGAGUACAGGAACUUGUUAAGAGCUUGUUCUAUGAGUCAACUUUUAAAAUAUACUUGAUAAGAAGCAUGAUUUUCAUUUCAAAGCUGAUAUGGGUCUUUUUAAAGUUAGAUACCUAGAAAAAGACUUAGCAGUAAACUCACAGAUUUUUUUGACAUUUUGAAAUUCUCACCUUUUAAAAAUUACUUUUCAAAGCAGACUAACUCCAUAUUUUCAGACGGGCUGUUUUACCCAUGUAAGAAAUGCUGCUUACUUCAUAAACAUUCACACCACAAGACUGAGCACAACAGUAAAAAUGAAUAUUGUCCAAUCUAAGUAAGUCACUACGGUUCAAUUCCUGAAUUACUACAGUAAGCAGCAUGGAAUUACUGCAUUGUUCUUAUAAUUCAAAAAAUACUUUGAAAAAAAUAGUUAUCAUCCAUACUGAACUCCAAGGUUUGUGUCCCCCUCUUCCCAUAACCUAUCAAAUACCUGAUUUCAGGAUGUUUCAAUGGAUAACGUACAACUAUAGUACUAGGUGUGCACUGACACUUUUAGAGAACCUUUUAAACAUGUUUAAGAAAUAAAAAACUAGCAAGGAAAUGCUACAGAUAAA